AUGGCAGCUGCAUUCUCCCGUAUUCAGCUGGCGGCAGCACUGAUCGAGUACGAUAAUGAUGAUUCCGAUCCGACCAAACCUCGCAAGUCGGCGCAAGAAAGUGUCAUAUUUGCGCACCUUCGCCGAAACAACCCUACACAUCGCUCUGCAGCGCGUCGCAGUACAGACUACCUCGGCGUAGCUAUACCAGGUGAGACAGGAAGCAUGAUGGGCGGGGAAUCCAUUGUCGACGACUCGCGACGCUCUCGAGGGUCCUUUGAUGCACUCCGUAAUCCGUUCGGACGCGACUCUACGUACGAGGGCAUCCUGGGAGAAGACGAAGAAGAAAACGAAAUGGAGGUCGACCUCUCUUCAUGGGGUCUCGAUGCCCUGUUACCUCAGGACAAGGAGGACAAGGAUGCACGGAAGAAGGCUAAGUCUGAGGUACUGCCUAAUCCCCAUGCCGCCAUUCCUAGCGAACGACCUGGUGGUGCUAGGUCGGAGAUGGGCCGUCAAGGUGUUCAUGCUGGGAGGACUAUGAGUAUGGGCAAUUUCGACUCAUUCGGCGAGGGCGGUGCGUUCCUGGACGCAAGGCCUACAAUGGGUAGUCGUCGACAUUCCAUCGGCACUGCCCUUGACUUCCCCCAAGCUAAGCGACCUGUUGAGCAGCGGACUCACCGCGGGCGCACGGCGUCAUCCCACGCGCUCAUUGAAAACAUACCCCCGACUCCUCCCCUUCACUCGAUUCCCUUCCCAACAAGCGAAUCUGUGCGUUCCGUGUCGCCUCUACCCACCGAAGGCACCCCAAUGAUGAGACCGUCCUCUCUCGUCUCCGAGAAUGUGCUCAAUAGAGCUCAUGGUCGCACCUCCUCGACGGCAAGCCUGGGCUCCCAGAUGCUUUCCAACGAGGAGCAGGACGAGGAACUUCCCAACCCCUUCGCCGUCCGUCCGCCAUCCCCAGACCGUGCAUCCCGCUUCGAUCCUAAGGCACGCGCCCGCACCGCAUCACAGGCCUCAUUCGGUGCGCUCACCCCAGGGCUCAACGGGGACGACACGAACCCCUUCGCAUUACGCCCACCCUCGCCCAGCCGUUCCUCGCGAUUCGACCCCAAGGCGAUCCGCGCACGCACGGUGUCCAACGGCUCGCUCGGCACGCAGAUGCUACUUGACAAUGACCGCUACGACGCGCGCUCGAGUAGCCCCGAUGCAUCCCCGCGCCCGCGACGCUACUCGCGUCUCGAACUUAUGCGCCCCAAGGUCCUUAUCAUGCCUAGCCCGCUCCAGUCUGCCGCGCGCCCGUCGCAGCCGUCCAUGCCGCCUCGCUCGCUCGACGGGUUCGAAAUGCACACAGAUGGACCGCCGCUUCCCCCGGGUGCGCGUGCGGCGCGCCGUGCCGCUUCCUCGACCAUGUCCAUGAUCGACACGUCUACGUCGCCUGGCUUGGUCGCGUCCAACUCCUUUACUCCCAAUCCACGGGCCAGCCUUACGCUGUCGCAGUUGACAUUUCGUAACACCCUUGCUGUCGACGGCCAGAGGGAUCCGUCGUAUGCUGAUAUUGAGAGCCACCUGCGUCGCGCAACGCAUGAUGGCCAGCAAAUUGAACCUGAACCUGAGCCGGAGCCUGAACCGAAUCCGACGACCCCAAUGCCGCCUCCGGCAAUUGUGCUGGACCCUGCGGACCGGUCGAGGCGCCCUGCAGGCAAGCUUUAUGGUAAGAGCCUUAUCGACGCCCUCGAAUCGCGCAAGGCCGAGAUGAAGGGCAAACAACGGACGUUCCGAGGAGAUGAGCGGCCAUCCAUGAUGGCGCGGACCCCAAUGCAACGUUCGAGCACGCUCAUCGAUCCUGAGUCACUCAAGCAGCGGCCGCAGUCGCAACAUAUGGACUCGUACCACUCGCAGCCGAACCUCUCGCGCCGGAACUCGAAGACCCUGGUGAACUUGGAAGAUGGAAUACCGGGUGUGCGGGCUAGCCAGCAUCUCGGCGCCAUGGACUCGGCCAGCCCGGGCAACAAGAAGUCAGUGUUUGGUGUGGACACGUUGUGGGAGCGCGAGCUUGCGAAACUGCGCGAGAUGGAGCAGCAAGAACGCCACGAGGCGGAGGACGCAGCAAGACGCCAAACGGCAGAGGACGCUAAGCAUGGCAAGAAAGGCAAGAAGGGUAAGAAGAGCAAGAAAGGCAAACACACGGGAGAGGAGCCUGAGUCUAGCGAGGUCCUUGCAGAGUCGGCCACCAACCUCACGCUUUCAUCUGCGCCAGAAGAAGCGGCGCCAGGCGCCGCCUCCCCCUCGUAUGUCUUGCCAAAUAUCCCAAGGGCGAGUGCUCGAAGACGUCCGCCUCCGCCUACUGCUGGUGACGACCAGUCGGAUGGUGAGAGCGACUCCGACACUCCAGGUGUGAACAAUCGGAAGACACUCGCGAAGGAGGUCGAAGCAGACCAAUGGGUUGCGGGGUCGUCUGACGAGGAGGACAGAGUUCAGCGUCUUCGCGUACCAGGCACUGGGCCGCGCUUUGUCAAGAAUAGUGGCAGCAAUCGCGUCUCCACAGCUCCGAACUUUAGGAAGGUGGACGACGAGAGCAGUGAAGAAGACCUCCCCCUUGUUGCUACCAUCGAUCGCGCGGCGCGGCGCAUGACUCGUGCUAACUUGCAAGAUGACGACUCUGACGAGGAAAAACCUCUGUCCGUCAUACUCGACAAGACACUUGACAAGACAAAGCUCAAGCUGUCCUCUGUUGGCUCGUUCGGAGACAGCCUCUUCCCUGAUAGCGCCAAGGGCGACCAGGAUGAAGAAGACGACAAGCCCCUCGGUCUUCGAGUUUCCAGAGUGAUCAACUCCUCACAGGCACUCAGUUCGGCCAGCCAGGAGGCUGACGACGACAAACCUCUCGCGUUCCAUCCCGAGCAGAUGCGGCGUACACAGUACAUGAUGGCUCAGCAGCAGCAACAACAACAGCAACUGAUGAUGCAGGCGCAAUUUACUCAGUCUAUGAUAUUUGGGACCCCUUCUAUGAUGGCCUCAGGCUUCUUUGGUCCUCCAAUGCCUCCCCCUAUGAUGAUGCCUCCUCAAUUGCCUGCCACCCCGCCUCCAAUGCACGAAACAGGGAAAUUCGGUCGAGUAGAUAAAUGGCGGCAUGAUGUUGCUGUGGAGGGGCCAGAGUAG